AUGGUUUCUUUUUGGCCGUGGGGGAAAGAUGACUCCUCCCCGGCAUCGUUCGAGAAGGCACUUUCCGCUCUCUCCGCCAAGAUUACAACCACCCAAACGCGGCUCGACCAGGACCGGGCGAAAUCGAGACGGAUCAAACUCCUUUGCUCGCUCUACCUCGGCUUCGCAUACUUAGUCUAUGGCAUCGUUUUGGUAUUGGUCGUGGGAUGGAGAUAUAUGGGAGCUUGGGAAUGGACGGGCAUCGCGGGCGGUCCGGUUCUCAUUACCCUUGUUCGCGCUGCCGUCACAACCUUCUUCGACUACCGCAUUCAGAGGCGGAGCGUGCGACUCAAGGAAUAUCAGACGGAGCGCGCCAAGACUAUUCAAAAAUUGAAGGACGCGACAAAGUACGAUUCGACUCUGGAGCUGCUAGAGAAGUACGGCGAGACAGAGAACAAACAGAAAAGGGGGAAGAAGACAACCGACGGAAGUGACCCUGCGGAGCAAAACAACGAGGGACAAUCGAAGGCGAAGGACUCGGGGAUGCCCCAGCGCACGAACAUGCCACCCCCGCCCACGGCCAACAUUCAACGGCCUCACAUCCCCCGUCCCGGUACUCCCCAAUCCAGGCCGCACAGCAGGCUCGGUACCCCGUCUCAACAUCAGACCAGGCAAUCCGACAUGGAUGCAUCAGCCGAAUUUGCGCCCAAUGCAUUUGACGGAAGACCGGCCCCUGCAUUCAUGCAAUACCCGCCCGCCGCAAUGGCUCCCCCUGCCGAAUCGCACUGGUACGACCGCAUAUUGGAUACUCUCUUGGGCGAGGACGAGACGGCUGCCAAAAAUAGAAUUGUCCUGAUGUGUUCUAGCUGCCGCUUGGUCAACGGCCAGGCACCGCCUGGAACAAAGUCAUUAUCCGAGCUGGGCAUGUGGAAGUGCAUGGCCUGCGGGGCUUCUAACGGGGAAUUGGACGAGGGAAAGCGGCUGGUACAGGAAGCUCUAGGACGGCGAAACCUCCCCGACCUCAAAGUUGAGAGCAUUGACGAUAGCGCCAGCAGAAGUUCGAGCGACCUUGUCGAAGUGGAGAAGGAUAUUUCCGAUGUUGAGGCCGAGGGGAAAGGAGUGGUCACUGACGGACCACGGAAACGGAGAGGAAAAGGAACUCGCUAA